AUGGCGGCUUUUGUCAUCCUCGGAUUGGUUGCUACGACCGUACUCCUCGUGCUCUUCUUCUGCUUGCCGGACUCACCUGAGGUCACUCUCGCUUCCCUCACAGUAACCAAGUUCAAUUCCACCGGAGAUCAUAUUUCCGGUUACUGGAACCUGCAGUUUCAAGUCCUAAAUACUAACUUGGAGACUGAUUUCUUCUACGACGACGUUUACUGCUCAGUUUACCACGGCAAGAACCGUCUGGCCUCGACCGUGUUCCCGAGUUUUGUUCAAAAGGCGAGGGAGACGACCCCGAUCCACGUCACCGUCCAUCUCACACCGGAAACUAUUGCCAGAGGAAUCAACAAUGACUUGAUCACUAAUAGUUUUGCAGAGUUCGAUGUGAAGCUGACUAGCCUCGUAAAAUGGUCAUUGUGGUCGUCCGAGUACGUUAGGGUUUCAUGCGAUGACGUGGAAGUAGGUCUCCUGCGUGCGGCUGGUGGCCACGGCAAGAUGAUCGGUCCGGCGAAGAAGUGCAAGGUGUCCUAA